AUGGCAGCGUAUUGUGACGGCCUAGGCGCCUGCUCUGGCCCACAAGGUCAGGCUGGGCCGGUCGCGCACUCAGCAGGGUACGUGCGCGGUGACUUGGAAAUUGCAGGCGGUGGCCCACGCCUCUGGAUGAACGCGCCGCCGGCGUUUAGCCCUUCGCCCUACGCGUCGGGCACGGGAACCCCACAACCCUAUGCGGCCCCUAGCUAUGCAACCCCAGGCCAGCUCCUCGGAGCCGCGGGCGGUCUGGCGGGCACUGACCUCGCGUGGCUGGCCCUCUCCGGCCAGCAGGAAUUGCUGAGGCUGGUGCGACCGCCCUACUCCUACUCCGCGCUCAUCGCCAUGGCCAUCCAGAGUGCACCCCUGCGAAAGCUGACACUCAGCCAAAUCUACCAGUACGUGGCCGGCAACUUCCCUUUCUACAAGCGCAGCAAGGCGGGCUGGCAGAAUUCCAUCCGCCACAACCUGUCUCUCAACGACUGCUUCAAGAAGGUGCCCCGCGAGGAGAGCGACCCAGGUAAAGGCAAUUACUGGACCCUGGACCCCAACUGCGAGAAGAUGUUUGACAACGGGAACUUCCGGAGGAAAAGGAAGCGCCGAGGAGAGGCAGGCACAGCCUUGCCUCCAGGAGCCCACAGCCCAGGCGGAGCGAAGCCGGCGGCGCUGGAGCGCUCGGGCGCGGCCUCCCCGGACCUGCAGACCUCGCCGUCCCCGCCCGCGCCUGACGCCGCCGCCUGCUUCUCCAGCUUUUCCUCCGCCAUGGGCGCCCUGGCCGGCGGCUUGGGGACCUUCUCCGGGAGCCUGGCGCGCGACUUUUCUAUCGCCAGGCCGCCGAUGGUCGCGGCUCGAAGACCCCAGACCCCAGGUUCCGCGUCCGGCUUCGCCCCUGGCCACCAGACGGCGGCCGCGAGCUUUCGCGUCAGUCAUUUUGUCUACAGCCUGGAAGGAACCGAAGUUUGAAAGAGGCUGGCCAGGGUGCUGGACGCAGAGAUGCUGAGGUCAGGCCCCCGAUCCCACCUGACGUAGCCCCCUGAGUGUGCACUGCCUCCAGCACCGCAGGAAACUUCGCCGAGUGACAGCUCCGCUGGUGGCCUGCUGUGAACUAGCCCCAUCCCUAGAUUCAGCUCACCUGGACUUUCCCAGCUGCACAAUGGAGGGCCCCUCUUAAUAGGCCCACGGAUGGGAAGGUGUUGGGCUCCACUCCCAUUUGUAUUUACUGAGAAGAUAUCCUUGUGACAGUCAAAGAGCCUAGUCACUGGGGAGAUUACUUUUGGUCUCUGUACUUCCGAAAGGAAUUGGGGGCCCAGUCUGUUGACCUAGAUCUUUAGAGCAUCUAGCAUUCUCUGGAGCUGUGGGCCCUGGGGGAGGGGGAUUCCCAGGUCAAGGUGUCUGUUUUGGAAGAGAGCACAGAGGGGAUGCCUUCAAUUUGGAGCGGGCCUUUUGUGAGCCUGUCUUUCCACGGGGUCACGAAUCUGCCCACUGGGUUCAUCACUGCCUCUCCUGCUGGAAAUGUGCACAGCGCUACUGUGUGGGACCUGGUAGUGAUUCUGAUGAAGAAUGUGUGGCAGGAGGAUUAGGAAACUUGGAUAGAUCAAGCCAGGAGUUGCCGCGAAUGAGACCCUGAUCACAUAAUUUCAUUGUGCCCUGGUGGUGGUAGAGAAGCAUACUCUCUGAUGUGGCAGCCAGGCUGCUACAUCCAUGAGGGCUUGAACAGUGUAGUGGACUGGUAGUUUGAGAUCUCAUGAUGCUAGCUAACCAAAUUUAUAAUCACCCCAUAAUCUCUCUUGGACUGCAAUUAAUUUUUUAGGUCCACUAAAGAAGAAAUUCCACAGCUUAUAAAUAAAAUAAUUUUGACUUGUGAGUUUACUUUUAAUAGAAUAAAUUGCUAAAAAUAAGCACCAAUAUGUGUAGCUAUAGCCAUGCCACUAUUACCAGCAUCCCUAGUUUAGAUUCUGUCUUUUUAAGAAUGUCGGAGAGAAUUUUUUAAUUAAAUUUGAUAACAAAGGGAAAUUUGACAAUUAGUAGAGCUUUUGCAAAACUGGUUGAUAAGGUACAUAUUACAUAUGCUGCAAACUGCUAGAAUUUGAUGUUCUUUUUCUCCUAACAAUAGAUAUAUUAUUAAAAUUGAGGGAGAAUACUUUUGAAAAAGAAAUUGUUCAACUUUUGGUUUGCCUAAAAAUCAAUUUUUGAUGUUUAAAGGUUAUUCAUUCAUUCAAUAUAGAGCUGAUAAUUAAUGGUACAUGAAAUAGAUGAAAUCUUUAUGAGGAAGCACAAUUAAAAACAAUCUCAGCAGUACAAGAUAUUUGGAAAAUGGUGGAGUCAGAUUCCAACCAGAAUUCAACUCUCCUCUAUAAUUCAGUCCUUGUGUCUGGAUAUAUAUUCUGGAUUGAGCCCCGCACCAAAACACAUUCUGUGGGCCCUGCCUGGUACAGUUAGCUUUAGAUUUGUUACAGUACGGACCAUGCCACGUGACCAUGCCAGGCACAGCUGCAAAGACACCAGAAAGAUGCAGUUGCUUUGAACUUGGGCCACUAUGUGGCCCUCAAGACCACUUAUACUCUCUCUUAUACUUCCUUUGUUACCUGUAAAGUUCAGAUUUUUUCUGAAAUUCAGAUUAUAGUAUUAUUAUUAUAAUAUUCCAAUUUUGUUUUAAUGCAAAAGAAAGCACCUCUGACUAUGCUAUGGGCACAUGACGGUAUGCUGUUGCAACAUGGUCUUAGGAGUAGUAAACAAUACUGUAACCCUGAAUGAUUUCAAAUACAGAAACAAGCUUCCAACUUGAGAGGGAAAGGAAAUGCCCAGAUGUUGGACUGCUAAACAUUCUCCCCAUUGUCAAACAAUAGCAUUAAUUUGAAAACCAAAGAGCAUAAUAAUAAAGUAAUCCAGGGUGUCUGGAAUCCAAUUGGUCAUUGACUGAACAAGAGUCCUUGUGCAAGAAGAGUCAUUCCCAGUGAAGGUUUGCAAUUCCUUAAAAGUUUUGAGAAUGUGCAAUAGUGUUUUUAAAAGACAGAAACCUGGGUUUCAAAAUAUGAGUUUAUGUUCCACCUGUUCACUAGCCAUUAAAUGUGUUUGU